AUGAAGUUUUUCCCGGUGAUUCUUGCCUUUGUUUUUUUCUCCUUAUGUGUUGAAGAAGUCUACCCCAAAGAGAAAUCUUCAAAGAAAGGGAAAGGGAAAAAGAAGCAGUAUCUCCUUCAUAUACAGCAAUCAGCCGAAGACCUUGCAACAGUGCCUGCAAAUUCUACUAGCAACAUCUUGAAUAGACUUCUACUCAGUUACGAUCCCAGGAUAAGACCAAAUUUCAAAGGAAUUCCAGUUGAUGUAGCAGUCAACAUUUUCAUUAACAGUUUUAGAUCAAUACAAGAGACAACUAUGGAUUAUAGAGUUAACAUUUUCCUAAGACAAAAGUGGAAUGAUCCUCGACUUAAACUGCCCAAUGACUGGAAGGGAUCUGAAUCAUUAACAGUGGAUCCCACCAUGUUCAAAUGUCUGUGGAAGCCAGAUCUAUUCUUUGCAAAUGAAAAGAAUGCAAACUUCCAUGAUGUCACUCAAGAAAAUAUUCUUCUCUUUAUAUUCCAUGAUGGAGAUGUGCUGGUCAGCAUGAGAUUAUCCAUUACGCUCUCCUGCCCGCUGGACUUGGCCUUGCUUCCUAUGGAUACCCAGCAUUGCAAGAUGCAGUUGGAGAGCUUUGGUUACACUACUGAUGAUUUAAGAUUUAUCUGGCAAUCUGGUGAUCCUGUUCAGCUGGAGGAAAUCGCUUUGCCACAAUUUGACAUUAAUAAAGAAGAUAUUGAAUAUGGCAACUGUACCAAAUACUACAAAGGGACUGGUUAUUACACAUGCGUAGAAGUGAUCUUCACUUUAAGAAGACAAGUUGGUUUUUACAUGAUGGCUGUGUAUGCUCCCACACUGCUAAUUGUCAUCCUUUCAUGGCUAUCAUUUUGGAUCAAUCCUGAUGCAAGCACUGCAAGAGUGCCCCUGGGUAUCUUUUUGGUGCUCAGCUUGGCAUCAGAAUGUACUACCCUUGCUGCUGAACUCCCCAAAGUAUCUUAUGUGAAGGCCUUAGAUGUAUGGCUGAUUGCAUGCCUUCUCUUUCGAUUUGCUUCGCUGGUUGAGUAUGCUGUGGUUCAAGUCAUGCUGAACAAUCCAAAGAGAAUCAAAGCUGAAAAGGCAAAGAUUGCCAAGACAGAGCAAGCAGAAGGAAAAGGUGGAAAUGCAGCUAAUAAUACAGUGAAUGGCACAGGCACCCCUGUGCACAUCAGCACUUUACAGGUUGGGGAGACCCGAUGCAAAAAAGUGUGUACUUCAAAAUCUGACCUGAGAUCCAAUGAUUUCAGCAUUGUUGGAAGCUUACCAAGAGAUUUUGAACUGCCAAACUAUGACUGUUAUGGAAAGCCCAUUGAAGUCAACAAUGGGCUUGGGAAAUCUCAGGCAAAAAAUAGCAAGAAGCCUCCUCCUCCCAAGCCUGUCAUCCCAUCGGCUGCCAAGCGGAUCGAUCUUUAUGCAAGGGCACUGUUUCCUUUUUGCUUCCUGUUCUUCAGUGUUAUAUAUUGGUCUGUAUAUUUAUGAUAACCCUUUUCUUUUUUUAAAAAAUGUGCGCAAUAUACCUUCCUCUUUCAA